AUGGCGAAGUACAGACAAUCUCAAGUUACCGAAGAACAAUCAUCGACGAAAUCCAAAGGGAUUGACAAAGCGAUAUCUCAUGCUCAUAAGGCUCUGAGAUGGAUUGAAAAUGAUCAGCAAUCAUCCGUAGGUGGAGAGAUUCCCUGGGAGACAAUAGUCGAUGUUCAGGGAACUAUCGCUUGGAGAUCUGUUGAGAAGACCCCCAAUCUACCAUCUUUCGAUCGGUCGGAAGCUGAUAGAUUCAUCGUCACAUGGGAGAGACUUGGGUGGCCUGGAGCGGGUGGCGAACUCGAAAGUGUAAAUGCAGUUGGGGUGUUCAAGUAUCGGGAGCUGGAGAGUUUAUCGAGAAACCCACCUGAAAUGAUGCUAGGGCACAAUCCCGGAAUGUGGAACGAACUAUUGCAACAUGUCAAGAACAAAGUGUGCCAGUCUUCUGACCUCCUUGUACGACAGAAACCAGGGGGAGUUGCCCAUUCCGCUCUGAAAGACAGUACAAAGGCUGGCACGUCGACGGUAGUCAAACGCCGGCAGAAAUCGGUCUCGUAG